CACUGCGAUGGGGCACGUUGAGAGCGCAUUGGAACGUCUCAUUGCUCCGAAGGACAUUACUCUGAAGGUCGGCGCUCAGGUAAUGCUGAUCAGAGUCGGUAGAAUUUCUAGGAUCAAGGAGCUUGACUGAUAAUAAUGCAUCAGAACCUCGUCCAAGGAGUUCUGGUGAAUGGGACUAGGGGAAGAAUUGAAGAGUUCAUCACGGAGGAAGAAGCGGAGACUCGUUCCAUCAAGAGCGCUCGUCUACCACCACCACCACCACCACCACCGCCUUCACCGACGCCCUCAGCGGAAGAGGUGGAUUAUACACCGCCGAAUCGGAAACCACAUAUCGUACUGCGCCAUGGAUCAUUCGACGCCUUAGAUGGUCUGUGGCCUUUGGUCAAAUUUGAGACGGGCGAUAUGUUGUUGUGUGAUGAUUGCAGCUUUGAUGUCAAGAAUACGGAGGGCAAGACGGAAGCUGUGCGGGAUCAGGUAAGCCAUAUAUUGAGUUUCAAUCUGUCUUACUCAUGAGGGCAUGUGUAAGGUACCUCUGAUCUUGGCAUGGGCACUGAGCGUACAUAAAUCCCAGGGUCAAACGUUGCAGCGCGUACGAGUCAAUCUAGGGCGUGCGUUUGAGGAUGGUCAAGGUCUGUUCCACUACUUCCACACGUUUCGGUCCUGACAGUUGUACACCCCCAGCAU